UUUCGUAGGAAGAGAUUCAACGUUUAACAGCGGUUUCACACUCGGAUCUGCGCCGCCAUGGACGCCGACGUCGACUACAAGGACGACUCGUUUGACGAGGGCGCUUCCGGCCCAGAGGAGGCGCGUGCGAGCCCCACCAAAGACGACCAAACGCGCGAUGCAGUGACAACAGCCAAGAAAGGCGCGACGUCCCAAGCCGCGCCCAAGAAGGAGACGGAGCUCCAGCUUCUUCAGAAGAAGAUUGGUGUCUACCGCAAGGCCAACGAGACGCUGCGCAAGGAGCUCGAGUCGCUGCACUCGAACGACGCACUCGUCCACCUCGAAAACAAGGCCCGCGAGAAGCAGCUCCUGAUUGAGAAACUCGUGCAUGAGAACCGGUAUUUGGCCAACCUCCAGCGCACGCAAGCCAAGCGCAUUGAAGAACUCGAGGCGCUCAAAGAGCAUUUUCCUGCCAAGCACCACUCGGUCAUGGAGGAGCUCCGCGUCUGUAAAGAGACCUUUCGCAUGUACAAGGAGCGCGAGAAGGCGGCGGACGAACGGUCGGCUAAGCUCCACCAGCAGGUCGUCGACUUGACGCAGCGCAACAAAUCGCUGGCCGAGAAGAUCAAGGCCCACGAAAACUACAAGCCACCAGCCGACUCGACGGCCACCAAGGAUAUGGACGAUGGCCGGGAAGACGAGCUCUUACAGCUCCAGGCCCGCGUAGCGCAGCUCGAGAAGACCAAGCGCAUUGAGAAAGCCAAGUACGACCGCAUCAUCAAGGCGUGCGAAGACCAGCUCGACGAGUGCAAGCGCGAGAUGGAGUCGUUCCAAACCCAGCUUUUGGACAAGGAGAAAGAGCUCCGCCUCCAGGUCGUGCAGCUCAAGAAGCUCAAGCGCACGCUGCGUGAGCUCGUCGUUGACACGCAAACCAACCAGCAACUCUGUUCCUUUCUGCAAGGCGCGUCCGUCAACUCGAUGGCGCACCGCAUCGUCGGGCCCGAUGGUGCCGCCAAGAAGGUGCCCAUGCCGCCGCCGACCAUCGCAAGCGACAAGCGACCGGUCCGAAUACAACAGUCGUCCCGAGUUGCCGAGCCUCGGUCCGUCAUCGUACGACCAGACAAGAGCUCUGAAGAUGAAGUCGAUGGCUAA